CGCGUUUGAUUUUCCAUAAGAUUGUAGGCAAACAUAACCGAAGCUUCCACAACCCGAACAACAUGGGGGCGGACAAGUUGCCCGAAAUUCGCGAUCUUUCUAAGGUGGUUGAACAACAGUUAUCAGGGGUUCGUCUCCUUAACUUUGAGAUAAGCAGCCUUACGCAGCCAGGCGACAACUACGGAGGCACUCUCUUUUCGGUCAAUGCGCAAUUGCAGGGACCCGACGAAAAGCUGUUCGAGGAGCAACUGGUGGCCAAGGUGCCUCCGACAGAUCCCAAUUAUUGGCAGUUUUUUCAGCCCGAGCGGACCUGCCUUACUGAGAACGCCGUCUACAAGAUCUUGGCUCCUGCCCUGGCCAUUCUCCAAGAUGAAGCUGGCAUCCCCAAAGAGGACCAAUUCAAGGGAUUUGCUCGGUAUUACGGAUCCCGCGAGUGCCUCGAUUCCAACUCCUCUAAGGUAGAUCAGAAUGCAGUGCUGUUGCUGGAGAAUUUGCGAAGCAGCGGCUACGUUCCAGGCCAGCGACUGCGACCCUACGACCUACCCCACACGAUGUUAGCCCUUCGAUAUAUGGCAGAGUUUCACGCCCUUCCGCUGGCAAUGCGACUUCUCAAGCCCGUGUUGUUCCGGGAGCAGGUGCAACCCUUCUUUGAAAAGUUUGAUUGGCAUGCUGCUGCACCCGAGUCGAAAGCUUUAAUGAAGAAAGAGACCCUCGAGGACAUCCGACGAGCUACCAACAAUGAUUCCAAAACUGUGGCCCGUAUAAAAGAAUUAUCGGACGAGUUUUUUGAGUUCUUGGCCGCCGCCCCAGACAGACCAGAAGGACCAUUUUGCAGUAUUAUACACUGUGACUUCUGGAUAAAUAAUCUAAUGUUUCUUUACGAUGGGUCUGGAACACCCAUCGACCUGAAAAUCAUCGACUUCCAGACUGCACAGUACGAUUCCGUAGUGCAUGACAUAAUCUCGUUCCUGUUAUCAAGCGUUGAUACGGCUAUCUUGGAGAUACACUUCGAACACAUGUUAGAAGCCUACUACAUGGCGUUCGUUAGUUGCUUGCGCCGUGUGGGAGCUGAUUUGGCGAUUCAUACUUACGAAACGUUUCGAGCGGAGGUGAAGCGGGUGGCGUACAUCCAAGUUCCCCACGCUAUCUUCAUGACGCGCUUCAUUUUGGCGGACAGUGUGGAAAGCGAGAAAGCGGAAGCCCGAGAGCUUUCGAAUGUGCUGAAGAGCCCGGGAUCGGAACGCAUAAGCCGGAAAUUAAGCCAGAUUUUAGACUUGGCCCAAAAGUUUGACAUAUUGUACUAGGGCAAUAAACUGAUUUAUAAUGGAAGCCUCUAA